GAGCUCGGUGGCACCAGAGCUGCUGCGCACCGUCGCCCGCGUGGAGAAGAUGAUCGAGGCCCACCUCGCUAAAGUCUUCAAAGAGUUCCGCGCGCUGGGUCCAAUGGGCACGUUGCAGAGAAAGGCCUGGUUUUGGGGCCAAGAAGACGAGACGCUUCGCUGCGCGCUGCGCAGCCGCAAUCUCUUAGAAGCAUCCGCACUCCUUCGGAAGUGCAGCGCGCAACUGCAGGUUUAUGUGGACGACACCUCUCGCUUGGUGAACUUGGGAUGUGCCUGCCUUCUGCACUGCUGCCUAGCCAAGUGCCGGAACCUGGUGGAAGGAGAGAUCGUCGAAGAAGAUGAAGAGGAGCAGGACCCGCUUCCGCUCUCUCUGUCUGCUCAAAGCUCACCCAGCCUCCUGAAGGAUCUAAAAAGCGAGCCUCGCAAUGCCUUCUUGCAAGUCCCAAACCGGCGCCGCACCGUCGCCGUCUCCUCGCGAAAGACUUCGAAGCCGCAGCGUUCGCCUUCUGCGCCGCCGCUGAGGAGAAAGCCCGAGGAAGAGGAGGAGAAG